AUGAAUUCUCUUUUAAGGAGAAGUAUAUUUCCGCUUUAUUCUAAUACUCGUAAAAUUCCUAGUCGGUUAUUUGCGGAUGUAGCGGUGAAGGACAAAAUUGACGAUAUUGUAAAGAAAAACAAAGUGGUAGUCUUUAUGAAAGGCGUCCCGGAUGCACCACGGUGUGGUUUUAGUAAUGCAGUUGUUCAAAUUAUGAGAAUGCAUGCCGUACCAUACGAAAGCCAUGAUGUACUGUCUGAUGAAAAUCUUAGACAAGGUAUAAAAGAUUAUUCAAAUUGGCCCACUAUACCCCAAGUUUUUAUAAAUGGGGAAUUUGUUGGAGGUUGUGAUAUAAUGUUGCAAAUGCAUCAGUCCGGUGAAUUAGUGGAAGAGUUAAAGAAAGUUGGAAUCAAAAGUGCAUUACUUACUGCUGAAGAAACAAAGAAAGAAGAAGCUUAG